AUGGCGGAGGGGAAGGAGGAAGAUGUGAGGCUGGGGGCGAACAAGUUCCCGGAGAGGCAGCCGAUCGGCACGGCGGCGCAGGACAAGGACUAUGUGGAGCCUCCAGCGGCGCCGUUCUUCGAGCCGGGGGAGCUGAAGUCGUGGUCCUUCUACAGGGCCGGGAUUGCCGAGUUCAUGGCUACCUUCCUCUUCCUCUACAUCACCAUCCUUACAGUGAUGGGGGUGAAUCGCUCGGACAGCAAGUGCCAAUCUGUGGGCAUUCAAGGAAUCGCUUGGGCCUUUGGGGGCAUGAUCUUCGCCCUCGUCUACUGUACCGCCGGAAUCUCCGGUACGCAACUGCCCUGGUUCCUCAUCCCCCCUCGCCACCGCACAAUCUCCCUCUCCUCUCUUCACUUCGUCACCCAUCGGAUCGGGAUGUGUCCGCUUUUAUUUCCAUCUCCGUCGUUUCCCUUAAGGGAUUUCUCGUGCGGGCCGAUUCUUUCUUCCCCAAGAACACCGAAAAUAGAAAAUAUUCAGACGAAAAAAACGAAUGGAUCGAAAUAUUAUCGUGGAAAUAUUUUGAAUGGGUGCGGGUUUAGGGUUCCGGUUUCGAGUCUCUCGUUCGAUGCUUGUAUUUAUUUAUUUAUCCUCAGUAGAUUUUUAAGCAAGUAUUUGUAAAAAAAAAUGAUGACGACGACGAUUGGUCCUUGUGCAGGAGGACACAUCAAUCCGGCUGUGACCUUCGGGCUGCUUCUGGCCCGGAAGCUGUCACUCACCAGGGCGCUCUUCUACAUCGUAAUGCAGUGCCUCGGCGCCAUCUGCGGCGCCGGCGUGGUGAGGGGCUUUCAGAAGUCUAAUUACGGGUUGCUCGGCGGCGGCGCCAACGUCGUCAAUCCCGGAUACACCAAGGGCGACGGUCUGGGCGCUGAGAUCGUCGGUACCUUCAUCCUCGUCUACACCGUCUUCUCCGCCACCGAUGCCAAGCGCAACGCCCGCGAUUCCCACGUCCCGGUGAGCCCUCGGAGGAGAACCCGUCUGCCCUUCCUGCGCCGCUCUACUACCGUUUGCUUGUUCGAAUUGAAUUUUCUGCAUCGUUUCUAAUGCGACGACCCUGUUGGGCGGGACAGGUGCUGGCUCCCCUGCCCAUCGGCUUCGCGGUGUUCUUGGUUCACCUGGCCACCAUCCCUAUCACCGGCACCGGCAUCAACCCGGCGAGGAGCCUGGGGGCCGCCAUCAUCUACAACAGGGACCACGCAUGGGACGACCACGUGAGCCAUCUUCGGCAACACCUUCUUCUCUCCCUUCCUUGAUUCUUCGGAGCCUAGAGGAAACCGAUUGACGAUAUAAAUUUUCUUCGCCUGCGCAGUGGAUCUUCUGGGUUGGACCAUUCAUCGGAGCAGCCCUCGCGGCCGUCUACCACCAGAUCGUCAUCCGGGCCAUCCCAUUCAAGUCCAGGUAG